GAGCUCACGGCUGCACGACCCCUUGCCUCGUCUGCUGCUGCUCUCCCGCGGGGAGAGGAUUGGGUCCACAUACACCAUGUCCUUUUAGACAAGUAUAGAUACUGAAGGGCGAGCCCAUUCCUAUCAUCCUGGUUCGAGUGACUCCCUCCCUUCCUCUCUUAGAUUUUUAUCCUCGUAGAUUGUCGUCUUUGUUUGUCAUCGUUUGUUUUGGGGUUUGAGCCCAUUUCUUCUCAACACCAGUUGAAACACACAAAAAACAAAAAUCUCAUCGUGGAGAUCACUCCCAUUUAUACCGAUCUUUGAAAAUUGUACCUGGUUUUCUCGUGUUCUCCCUCCAUUUCUCAUCCUCCUUCUUCUUCUCGUAGCUCUGUUGCAACUUCGAUUGCACAAUUUUCUUCCUGCAUUUCGCACUCAGAGCUCGAAAAUUUCCAGCUAAGUUUUCAUAAUUUUAAUUCGGACAGAGAGGAGGAGGGUCAGCAUAUCUGCUGCACUCAUUGUACUUCACAAUCCAUCCUGCAAUCUUUCGGAUUCCUGAUCGAGACCAGCAGUUCGCGGCUGACAGGUCGACUGCACUCCGACGGUGUCUGAAACCGAGUCUUCCUCUCGAGAGAUUUGACAACGAUUUUGGCAGCGAGCUCUGCAACGCAACAUGGGAGAGGGUAAAAUGGAAGAGAAGGCGAAUCCUUCUGCUCCAGGCGGUCCGCAGCUCGCACCCCCAGCGUACUAUGGCCUGAAGGACCAGCCUCUACCGUACCCGGCGACAUAUCAACCCAAAAAGCGCCGAAAUCCGUGCUGCUGCUGCUUCAAAUGGUUCUGCAGUAUCCUCGUGAUCUUGAUCGUGGCACUGGGAAUUGCAGCACUGAUAUUCUGGCUGGUGGUGCGCCCCAAGCUUCCCGAGUACGAUGUGACCAAUGUGCGUCUGACAGGCCUGGACACGAGCGUGACCUCGUCGCAACUCAACACGCAAGUGGCCUUCACGCUCGACACGUACAAUCCCAACAAGAGGAUGGGGUUCUACUACGACGAUUUCUACAUCGAGGUGAAGACGCUGGACCUGGUGCUCGGGAAAGGAUCGCUGCCAUCCUUCUACCAAGGCCACCAGAACCGAACGAUCGUCGAGUCAGUUCUGCAAUCCGACACCAUCGUCUUGACAUCGGUCGACACGACUUUGUUGACGAGUGCCAGCGCCAGCAAGAUGUUGCUGCUGUACGUGAAGGUGGACGUGAACACGCGCAUCAAGGUCGGAGAUUUCAAGACCAACAAAAUCAAAGUGAAGGUCCGAUGUGUUGUGGAAAUCGACCCGACCAUCAGCACUGGAUCGCAGAUCCUGAACAACAGCUGCAAGGUCAAGACCUAGGGUAGAGACCACGGUCUGUCUGUGAAAAUUCUUCCAUAGAAAACCUCUGCGAAAUUGAAUCGGCUCGAGCUGUGCUCGAAGUGCUUCACGCCCGAGCGUUCGUUCCUUCUCGUCUUCCAUUGUUCAUAGGCUCGUCGGGGACGGGAGACGAUCAACGCACUCAUUCAUUUGUCUCCUGGAUCGAUUCCUCGUGACUACUUGUAACACUUUUCGACAUUAUUAACAAUUUCCGGACGCUUUCGUUCUCCUUUCUCUGACACGAGACCCCGCGAAUUGCACACUUCUCAACAUUCGAGCUUCGAGACCGAAAAGUAAGAGACCGCAAUUUCGUCCUUUCGGCCGCAACAUUUUUCCCGUUCUCCGUCUCAGCAGUCUCCGUUGGGCCUCACUGGUUUCCUCGAGGACUCGGUCCGACGUGUUUUCCUCCCCCUUCAAGCUUCCCCUUCUCACAAACAAAGCCAUCCUCAUAUUUCUCUUCGCACUUUUAUCUCUCAAAGAAAUGUAAUAUCAAUCAUGACAUUUAUAAAGUGGCAGAAUUUUUUUCCAGGUUCAUGAAAUAUCAGAUUUAUUGUAUCAAACUCAAGAUGAUUUAAAUAUAGUUAUAAAAUUUUAAUUCUAUGAUACAUGAUUUUUCGAGAAAAUUACUUGAUGAAUACAUAAAUGCUU